GAGAGCAGAGGAGUCUGUCACAAACUGGCUAGGGUCUGCCUGGCCACAUGAAGGCGCCAUUGCAAUCACUCACAGACCAAUGAGCUUCCAGAAAGCUUGCGGAGUGGGCGGGGUAGGAAGAGCGCAAACAUGGCGACGUCCUUAGAUGAUGAUCUAGAAUUGGAUAACGAAGAUUAUUAUUCUCUCCUAAACGUCAGGAAAGAGGCCACUCAGGAGGAACUGAAGGCUUCCUACAGGCGGCUGUGUAUGCUCUAUCACCCAGACAAGCACAGAGACCCCCAGCUCAAACAGCAGGCUGAGCAGCUAUUUAACCAGGUGCACCAGGCUUAUGAGGUAUUGAGUGACCCUCAGUCCAGGGCCAUCUAUGAUAUCUUUGGAAAGAAAGGUCUUGAGGUGGAAGGAUGGGAGGUGGUGGAGAGGAAGAGGACUCCAGCAGAGAUCCGUGAGGAGUAUGAAAGGCUGCAGAAGGAAAGAGAGGAAAGGAGGCUACAACAGAGAACCAACCCCAAGGGCACCAUCAGUGUUGGAGUAGACGCCACAGACCUGUUUGACCGUUAUGACGAGGACUUUGAGGAGGCUCCAGGAGGAGGGUUCCCUCACAUCGAGAUAAACAAGAUGCACAUCUCCCAGUCUAUAGAGGCUCCGUUAACAUCUCUGGACACAGCAGUGCUGUCUGGCUCUCUCUCCACACACAACGGCAACGGGGGAGGCAACAUCAACAUGACCGUACGCAGGGUCACGUCAGCCAAGGGCUGGGGAGAGGUGGAAUUAGGUGCAGGAGACAUACUAGGACCUCUGUUUGGGUUGAAGGUGUUCCGUAACUUGACUCCACGAUGUUUCCUGACGGCUCAGUGUGGGAUGCAGUUCUCUCCGCGCGGCGUGCGUCCCAGCUGUUCUCUGAUGACGGCCCGCCACCUGGACCAGAACACCAUGGGAUACCUGCAGUGGCGCUGGGGGCCCAACAGCGCCAUGACCACUAGCCUGGUCCGAGACACCAAGACCAGCCACUUCACUCUGGCCCUGCAGCUGGGCGUUCCUCACACUUACCUUAUGAUGAGUUAUCAGUACAAGCUCCAGGAUGAAGACCAGACCAAGAUCAAGGGCUCUAUCAAGACAGGCUGGUUUGGUACAGUGGUGGAGUAUGGAGCAGAGAGGAAGAUCAGUCGCCACAGUGUCCUGGCUGCUACUGUCAGCAUCGGAGUCCCACAAGGAGUCACUCUGAAGAUCAGGUUGGCCAGGGCCAGUCAGACCUACCUGUUCCCCGUCCACCUGACAGACCAGCUGCUGCCCAGUGCUGCGUUCUACGCCACAGUGGGGCCCCUGCUCCUAUACAUGGCUGUACACAGACUGGUCAUCAUCCCAUACACAUGCGCUCAGAAGCAGGAAGAGCUGGAGCUGCAGAGAAAGAGCUCUGCCACAGACAUUGCCAAGAAAAAGCAGGAGGCAGAAUCAGCUGUUCUACUGAUGCAGGAGUCUGUGAGGAGAGUCAUCGAGGCUGAGGAGUCGAAGAUGGGUCUGAUCAUCCUCAAUGCCUGGUACGGAAAGUUUGUGACGGACAACAGCCAGCGGCAAGAGAGAGCUCAGGUCAUCGACGUCACUGUUCCUCUGCAGUGCCUGGUCAAGGACUCCAAACUCAUCCUCACGGAGGCCUCCAAGGCAGGCCUGCCAGGCUUCUAUGAUCCAUGUGUAGGGGAGGAGAAGAGCCUCAAGCUGCUGUACCAGUUCAGAGGCGUCAUGCACCAAGUCCUGUCUGCCGACAUGGAGGCUCUACGAAUACCCAAACAAUCUCACAGAAUCGACUCAGAGUCGUAGGAGCUCUUCUUCUGUGGAGUCAACGGGGGACACGGACAAACAUAGUCAAAAGAACAGAAGAAGAGAGGGAGAGAGAGAGACAGAGAGGAGUCAAGAGAAAUGCUCCCCUUCCCCCUAUUUUACCAUGUCAUUAAUGAAUCCAUCUUCCUUUUGAGCUUCAUCCCUCCUCCCCUUCCUUCCCUCUGUGAGCCAGCCUCCCCUCAGGUUACAGUGAACAGGACCACGCAGCCCUGGAGGUAUGGUUCAAAGGUUAGACCCUAGAAAUCUAUAGACUACUGAAACGGCGCUGCUGAAGACUGGAUUGCAGCCAUAAAACAUGUAUUUUUAUUAAUACACUACAAAAUAGAAUGUUUAUCUCCUAGUUACGUGAUGAAAAUAAUUACUGACAAGAACAAAAUUGGCAAAAUUGGGUGUUGUUGAAUUUGCCAUUUGCGCAAUCAACAAUUUCUAUUUGCAUUAACAAAUUACCUCUUGUCUUCUCCUAGAAAGGUGCAAUAUUCAUCAACUGUACUGUACAUAUCAGUGAAUUUUGCUACAUUAUAUUACUAAUGGUACAGUAACGUGAUAGUGUAGACAACGUUACAAUAACUCAUGCUAGCGUUGUUAAACACACAGUAGAACUAUGCAUGAACUAUGUUACUCAGAACUAUUGAGACGAUCCAGGAUUGCCUGUCUGUUGGCAUGGCUCAGUCAAGGCGUGAGGGACUCUUCAUUUGUGUGUGUGUUAUCUGUUCAAACUUCUCCUGCCUUGAAAGUGACUUGUCUGCUGCUUCCGUUGGAUGCCAGUGUGUCUCUGCUCUGGCCUGUGGCUGCCAAGCACACUGACCUGAGGAGAGGCUGACUGGCUGCCAGACCAGCCUGUUGGUGCUGAGACUGAUAGUGUUACUCCUGUGUGAGCAUGGCACAGGCUAGUCUUAUCCAUGCAAACACUCUAGUGUUAUUCAUGGACACCUUGGGACCAUGAAAUGGUUUCUGAAAUGUGUGCAUACAUUCAUUUGUUGUGAUAUUAUUACAUUGGUAUGUUUGAAUUUUGUUUUGGUGAUCUGAUCUGUUGUUGUUGUGCCAUUCCUCAUCAUGGUCAUAUGUAUGAGUUUGAUGUUAUUUGUUUAUUUUAUAAUCUAUGAAUUGACCUGCUGAAUUGAUCUGAAACAUUGUACUCCAUAAUAACUCUUUUAUUAUAUUAACUAGUGAGCCUGUGCUGGUCCUUACCAGACUCUCUCUCUUCACUCUCCCUCUUGUGGUAGGGGCAGUAAAGGGUUGUGUUGUGGCCUGUAUGCACUUUCUGUUGACGUACAAACGGUUGUUAAUGAAUCAGAAUUUAUUGGUGAUGAAUCAGGAGUUGUUCCAUUGACCUACACAUUAUUUUGUCUAGUGUCAUUCUUACAAACCCAUUAACCCCCCCCUGCACCCCCCCCUCCCCUUUCCUGUGUGAUCCUAUGGGACUCCACCAUGGCUUCAGUCAACCCGAAGACCGAUUUAGAGGCUGUCAGGUUUUAGCCACUUCUAUUUUUAUUGAUCUCCUGAACUCUUUCCUCCUGAUCUGAUCGUAAGUGUUCUGACCCUGGCAGCCACUUAGUCCCCCCCCCGAGGCCAGCUGUAGCAAUGCUCCUCACCGUCACAUUCCUACCCACGACCAAAACACUACUGUAUGGGUGUGUGAGGGGCUGGGUCACUCUCCUGUCCUGUGAAAAGAAACACAAAAAUAAAGA